CAGAUCGCUCUUUCGCUUCCCGUGAAAGAAAUUAGAAUGUUCAUCUGCUCCCGUUAAACCAGGCCCGUCAACCCCCGCAAGAUCCAUAUAAAGCCCCUUUCAGCCAUUCUUCUUUCCUAUUUUCCUCUUGCUUAUCUUCUACUCUCUUGGCUUUUACUCACGUUUUCUAUCUUCUCUUGACACUUUUUCUUAAGCCUUCUAAUAAUAAAGUUUAUUUUAUAACGAUGUCCAAGAUUCUCUCCUUCCUUGCUACCUUGGCCAUUAGUGCUGCCGUGGUCCGUGGUCAGGCCGCCCCAAACUGGCAAUACGUCCCACAGACUUGCGCAUCUGAUUGUGCUGAAACCGUCAAGACUGCUUACCUUUGUGAGGCCACUUACACCGAUGGUACAGAGGCCUACAGCUGCUUCUGCAACAACUUCCCCUCCGACGCGUCUGCUUGCGCGACCUGCUUGAGCUCUAAUGACGCUUCCGCCGUGGCCUCCGUCUUGACUUCCGCCCAGACUGCUUGUCCUGCCGCCAUUUCUCAGUGUUUCUUUGAAUGCGAUUUCACCACCUGUAGCUCCACUGACGUUGCCUGCCAAUGUGAUGGCACUUACCUUGAGAACAUCUUCAACUGUGCCUCUUGUAAUACUGCCAAUGGCAACACUGCUGCUACCCAGGUUUCCGACUUCCAGGCUCUUCAGGAGUCUUGUGCCAACCAGAACUACACUGGUGCCAGCGAGAGCUUCACCACCAAGGCCCUCCCUACCAUCGCUACUAGCGAUUACACCGCUCCAAGCCUCACUGCUACUGGUGGUGGCGCUGCCGCUUCUGACACUGCCGCUGUCGUCAUCGGUACUACUUCUAACGCUGCUGGCACCAACUCCACUCCUGCUGCUACCUCUGACUCCGACGCUGCCUCCAGCUCUUCUCCCGCCGCUGCUUCUUCUGGCAGUGAGACCGCUUCUUCUGCCGCUGCCGCUGUCGCCUCCACCACCUCAGCUGCUGACCGCACUUCUGCUGUCUCUGGUACCACUGGCGGCUCCGCCUCCCGUUCUGUCUCUCAAUCUGCCUCCGCCUCUGCUUCUUCUUCUUCUUCUUCCGAUAGCUCUUCCUCAGGUGCAGGUAUGGUCGCUCCCGCUGUGGGUGGUGUCCUCGCCUUUGCCGGUGCCGCCCUUGCUCUCCUUUAAAGCGGCUUUGAAACACGCAUGUUUAUGAGCAUAGCAUCUAAAACCCGGCAAGACCGACUCUUCUCUUUAUUUACCUUUCGAUACUUCGAUUCAUUUGUUUCAUUUUUAGGGUACAUGGGCAUUUAGUACAAAUGUAUAAACUUGGUUGGCGA